UAACGCGGAAGCGCUUGAAUAAACAACAACUCGCUGCUCUUAUUUCUAAAAAGCGUGUUCUGGGGAAUCAUAGACUUCUUCCUUUGAUUUAAGCGUAACGUUUUACUUUAUUUUAGCAGUGACAGGUGGCGAUGGAUUAAAAAAGAUGGCUGCUGCGUUGUUAAUGCUCCUGUAGAUAUCCUGCUUGACUAAUAAUAACUGAGGGCAAACUGUUAAAAAACUCCAGCAGCUGAGGAAGAUGCCUGCUCGAAAUCUGGUGUCCCAGGAUGUUCCUAACAGCACAGCCAGGUACUCCAGGUUAGCUACAGACGAUGACGGCUACAUUGAUUUACAGUUCAAAAGGAGCCCACCCAAAGUCCCAUACAAAGCCAUAGCACUUGCCACAGUGCUCUUCCUAAUCGGCUCUCUCUUAAUCAUCAUUGGUGCUCUUCUCCUGGCUGGAUACUUUGGAGUCACUGACACAGAUCGAACCGUGCCCGUCCUCAUCAUUGGGAUUCUCGUCUUCCUGCCUGGAUUUUACCACCUACGGAUUGCCUACUAUGCAUCAAAGGGCUACCCGGGUUACUCCUACGAUGACAUCCCAGACUUUGAUGACUGAACCACACUAAAUGUUCCCUCUUCUAUGGCUUGUACCAAUGAUGAAACAGACAAGAAACCUAAGGUUUAAUCAAAAAACUAGUGUUUUGUUUAGAUUUUUUUUACACAAUUAGCCAGAAUGCCAACAUAUGCUGCUUGAUUUGUAUAUUUGUUUAGCUUAUAUAUUAAUUCAAAUAAUUGAAAUAUUUUUUUAUUUGUUUAAUUUCACCAUCUAACCUGCUUUAUUAUAAAGUGUCAGAUGGUUUUCAGUCCAUGCUUUGAGUCUUUCUAUUCGAUAACUGAUGUUUAUUAAAAGGUUAAUCUUGUUUUUCAUAAGAUGAUCAGUGUUGUUUAGCACAGUUCUCCUUUAUCCUUCUCUUAAUUCCUCCCACUCUUCAGAUUUGUUCUUUCUCGGAGGAUUCCGCGUGAUUAAUUUUGAUCCUUUGAUCUCCAUAUGGUGCUCCUGGGCUGUGAGAGUCAACAUUGUUAAACAGCAGCCGUGUCUCUGUCAUCUCAUCAUUUUCAGUAGAUUUGAAUGCAUGUUGACUGAUGGCUGCAACCUCACUUUGCAUUGCAGGAGGAUUUCUUUUCCAUGCUUCUAUUUUAAAGCAAUUUAAACUUUGUUUUUUCUUUUUAAUCCCUUCAGAUCUUGGCAACCUGCUGCUUACUAAAGGGAUAAUUCAAGGAUGCUUUCUUACUAAUAAAUGAGCCUGAACCAUAAGAUAGCAACUAUAAACUACCUGGUAUUAAGUCGGAGCAGAUUACGCACUUUAAAUCAGCUCAGAAACAGACUUUUCUUCCUAAACGCUUUGUAUUCAUUUCAGGGUCCAGUUGUACACAAAGCCUCCUACAGAAAACAGAAUUACUGCAUAUUUUUAUUUAUUUUUACAUUCGCUUAUUGCCUUAGCAAAAUGUUUGGACAUCUUAGUAGGUGCACUUAUUGUUAAAAUGUAUUAUUUUGCAUGGUAAAAUCAGAAGAAAAUAUUUUAUUUACCUUUAUUUGCAAACUGAUCAAAAUAAAUACCCAACUUUUAGUGUUCAUUUUGAAUGUACGUUCACUUCUCUGUUGCUUGUAAAACAUUUUAAACAAUAAAAAUGAAGGUAGUAACGAUUUUA